GAAUCCAAACAAGAAGGAGUGACAUGGAAUUUCUUUGCGAUUUUUAAGUGAAAUUCGUUGCGAUUUUUUUAGGAAUGUUGUAAUCAUGUCGAGCUUAAAGUUAGGCAAGUCAGUAGGGGAGGACUGCUGGGUGACGGCCAAGUAUGACUACACGGCCCAGGGCAGCCAUGAGCUGGACCUCCGCAAGAAUGAGCGCUUGCUCCUCCUUGACGACUCAAAGCACUGGUGGCGGGUCAUGAACAACCGCAACCAGGCCGGCUACGUCCCCUCCAACUACGUCAAGAAAGAGAAGCCAUCCAUAUUCGAUAG